GCCCAGCCUCCCGGGCACCACCGCGCCCCGCUCCUGCCGCCUGACUGGGACUCCCCAAAACCAGAGCCCGUCCACUGAGGCUGAGAUCUGUAAAUCCGGAGUGAACAUCUCCAGUAAUCUGCAAAUUUAGCAAUGACCACUCUGCCCCCAGUGCCCAUUCCCCGAACAAAGCUCACGGGCUUAGCCAGGAAGAAGUUGCCAUGUUCUGCAGGAACAAUUCCAAGGGCACAAUUGAUCAAAGAAAAGGAUGACAUAGAUCAUUACCUAGAGGCGAAUUUCAAAGGAUUGUCAAAAGAGGAGGUUGCUGCCUACAGGAACUCGUACAAGAAGAGCGUCUGCGUGGACAUGCUGCGGGAUGGCUACCACAAGUCCUUCGUGGAACUCUUCGAGCUGGCGGAGCAGUGGGAUACUCUGCGGGAGGCCGCGCAGCUGAGGUCCCUCUCCUGGGUGCAGAGGCCCCUGGAGGAUCAGCCGGACAAGCUGGACCAUUUCUACCAGUACCUAACCAGGGCCGAGGCGGCGGAGAGGAAUGGAUACCUUGAAGAUGUAUAUAAUAAUUUGUAUGCACUGGCCUGUUACUUCAAUAAUUCUGAGGACAAGUGGGUGAGGAACCACUUCUAUGAAAGAUGUUUUAAGGUUGCCCAAACGAUCAAAUUUGACGGUGGAAGGAAAGAAGCUGAGGCACAAUGGCACAUGGGCCUUCUCAAUGAGGAAGAUGGUCAACUUCUGGAAGCUGCAGAACAUUAUGAAGCUUUCUAUCACUUGACCCAGGGGCGGAUAUGGAAGGACGAGACAGGCCACUUUCUCAACUUGUUGGCCUGUGAAAGUCUCGUGAGGACUUACAGACUGCUCGCAGACAGAAUGCUGGAAAGUCAAGAUUACAAGAAUGCCAUCAAAAUUCUAAUAAAAGCUUCUGAGAUAGCCAGAGAAGGAAAUGACAAAAGUAUGGAAGGAGAAGCUUCCUAUUACCUGGGCUUAGCACACUUGGCUGCUGGACAGCAUGAGACGGCGCUAACAGUACUUCACAAUUACCAAAAUAUCUCCACAGACCUGGGAGAUGACCUGAGCCUGGGGAGAGCCUACGAAGCCAUCGCCAAGGUCCUACAGAGCCAAGGAGAGACCACAGAAGCAAUUAUGUAUUUGGAAAAAGUUGUGAAAAUUGCAAGAAACAACUUUCAGAAUCUGGAUGUUGUAAGAGCAAGUACAAUGCUUGGGGACAUCUACAAUGAAAAAGGAAAGUACAGAAAGGCUUCUGAGUACUUCCAGCAAGCUUUUGACACAGCCAUGCGGCUGAUGAACACGCCGCUGAUGGACGAGACCAAGGUCCAUUACGGAAUAGCCAAAGCUCACCAGAUGAUGAUGACACUCCAACAUUACAUAGAAGCCGCAGAUCUCGCCAGCCUCACCUGCCUGCUGUCCUGGAAGGAGAGCCGACGUGACAUCGAGCAGGACCCGGUCCCGGAAUCAAGGAGAAGCACCGCAGAAACUAUAUAUCAAACUGCCGAGAGCGAGGAGGAGAUCAAGAGACUUCCAGAUAAUCAAACGACUGAAAGCUAAAUGAUUAAACAUCAAAGCAAGAAGAAAUUAAUUAUGUAGCUGCCGACAUCAUUA